AUGAGUUUAUUCGGAGCACCGAAGCCCGCAGGGCAGACUGGGGGCCUCUUCGGCGGUGGUGGAUUCGGCAGCACGCUGGGACAGUCGACACAGCAGCAGCAGCAGCAACCGCAGCAACAGCAGCAGGGAAACCAGCAGCAAGGUGGUCUGAGUUUGUUUGGGCAAACGCAGAACCAGUCAAACGCCUUUGGGAACUCGUUUGCCCAGUCUCAACAGCCCCAACAGCAGCAGCAACAACAACAACAACAGCAGCAGCAGCAACAGCAGCAGCAGAUGCCCAGCUUGUCACAGUCGCAAGCACAGCUUUCAAGCUCCCUCUGGCAACCCGGCAGGGACACACCUCAGAGCCAGAAGCCUAUACCCGAACAAAUGGCCCUCAUCUUCGAGAAGUGGAACCCCACAAACCCCAACUGCGCCUUUAAGCACUACUUCUACAACAAGGUCGAUGAGGCGUCGGUCCCCUUCUACAAACCCGGCCCGCACGAAGAUCCCAAGGAAUGGGAGGAGGCGCUGCAAAAGAAGCCUGCGCCGGGCUACAUUCCGGUCCUCUGCACAGGAUUCUCGGGCGUUGCGGCGCGCCUCCAGACGCAGAAGAAGGUUGUCGGGGAGCUUAACGUGCGCCUGCACCAGAUCAACGCCAGCCUGGACGCAAUUCUCUCGCGGCAUGACCUCGAGACGAGCGUGCGCGCGCUGGCGGCCCGCCGGCGCCACGUCGUGCUCCGCGAGCGGUGCCUCGCCCUCGCCGCGCGUGUGCAGGUGUUGCGCAACCGUGGCUACGCCCUCAGCGGCGACGAAGACGACCUGCGGCUCAAGCUGGUGGAGCUCGAGCGCAACGUGCAGGACCCCGCGCUGGCGGCGAGGGAGGAAGAGCUCUGGAGCCGGCUGAUCGUGCUCCGGGACUACGCAGACCAGCUUAUGAAGGAGACCAGUAAGCCCGCGUUCGCGAGCGGCGAGGGUUUAAGCGAGGAGACGGAACACAAGACGAAGAAGGUCCUGGAAGACUACGAGAAGCAGAUCCAGCACCUCAAGAAGGAGGUCGAGUCGAUCACAAAAGCCUUUGCUGACUGGGAGAAGGAGCGGAACCCGAGCUGA